UGACAUUUAUGAUUUAGUUCGAACUGAUUUUUUUGUUAUUGCUCCGUGAUUCUUGGACCGUGAAGAAAACAAAGCAGAACUUCACGAUAUUGUAUAAUCGCCCACUUGAACAACUACAGCUCUUCGAGAGCGAUACUUUCACCAUGGCUGAAAAUUGUGCGGCUGUUAUAAAAGAGCUGCUGAAAGCUGAGAAAAAGCUUGCAGAGUGGAAAGGUUCUUCUUUGAAGCAGAUUGACGCUGUGCUGGAGAGCACCACCAAGCUUUUGGAGAAAUUUGAGGAAGCGCAGGAUGUCAGUGCCGAGGACAUGGCGUCACUACAACAAAAUGCACGCAAAGCCAGCGAAGGCUGUGCGCAGAGUCACAAGAAAUACCACGGCGAAAUCUCCAAGACCGGAAAGGCCGUGGACAAGCAUUUCUUUUCAGACUUCACUCUUGCGUGCGUGCCACGUCCGAUCGAGAAGGACAAACGGAAGCUACUGGACCGCUGUAUCUGCGAACAUCUGAUUCGACAGAGUCGCGUGGACAUCAACCGCCAAUUCUGCGAAGAAGCGGACAUGCAGGAAGGUGGAGUCAGCAAGGAAUAUGUCCAAAUCAACGAGAUAAUGGGCGCUCUGAGAGACCAUGAUGUUCUACCAGCUCUUGAGCUUAUUAGGGAUUUUGAGAACUCCACCGCACAGCAAAUGCCGCGAGAACACAAGGAGCAGAUCAACACGAUCAAGUUCAAGCUGAUGUCGCUGCACUUCAUCUCGCUGGUGCCGGGAGACUUGCAAGUUGCCAUCGACUACUUCCAGUCGUUCGAGCGGGCCCUGAACACGUCAUCAGUGCAGCCAGGUAUACGCCGUCUUGCCGGUAGUUUUGUGUAUCGCCAACGCCUUGCUAAUUCUCCGUACAAAGACUUUGUGAGCCCCGCCGUUUGGGAUGAUGUGCGUAACUCAUUCCUGCGUGUGGCUACACAACUGUUUGGCAAGAGCGUGGAUAGUCCGCUGUCUACCUGUAUAUACGCUGGCACAAAAUCAUUCCCACACAUUGUCGACAUGCACCAAAAAAUGGAGAAGACCAAAGUGCUGAGAGUCGAGGCGGACGACGAACUGGAUCGCAACGAGCUGAUGGUUGAAGUUGACCUGGGUGACAGGUGCCUUUUCCAUAGCCUCUUUGCCUGCCCUAUCUUACGGCGCGAGAACACGGAGCCAAUGCGUCUCCGCUGCGGACAUGUCAUAUCCAAGGAGGCCGAGGACAAGUUACGUGCCGGCAUGCGGUUAAAGUGUCCGUACUGCCCAGACGAAACUCUCACUGCAGAGGCAACCCGCUUAUACUUCUCGUGAGUGCCAUUCUGUAAAUCUUGCCGGCCGGCACCACGGCCAGGACAAGCUAACUUGUCACUUGCUACCAUGACGGGGCGACGCUGCUGCCGAUCUUAGCCGCUUUGCUCUGUCCACCCACCGCUGCUGCUGCUGCUGCUGCUGAUGUUGCUGCUGCUGGUGAUGUUGCUGCUGCUGCUGCCCCUGCUGAUGUUGUUGCUGCUGCUGCUGAUGUUGCUGCUGCUGCUGCCCCUGCUGAUGUUGCUGCUGCUGCCCCUGCUGAUGUUGUUGCUGCUGCUACUGAUGUUGCUGCUGCUGCCCCUGCUGAUGUUGCUGCUGCUGCUGCCCCUGCUGAUGUUGUUGCUGCCCCUGCUGAUGUUGCUGCUGCUGCUGCUGCUGCUGAUGUUGUUGCUGCUGCUGCUGCUGAUGUUGUUGCUGCUGCUGCUGAUGUUGCUGCUGCUGCCUCUGCUGAUGUUGCUGCUGCUGCUGCUGCUGAUUGUAAUCCUGUACAGCACCAUGUCCAUGUGUUAUGUCUUUUACCCGUCCAUGUGCCUCAUAAAUAACUGCCAUAUACCUCUCUGUGUCACCUAUGUGAUCAGAUCAGAUCAGCAUUCAACUUUACUCAGCCCUAUACUCCAGUGUCUUUAUGGUAUUAUUGUAUUUCUUACUCCUACAUGUACGUAUAUGGCUUGCAGCUCGGCUUUAUAGCAUUGCCAUGAUUGUCAUUGUGUCGUUGUCAUAACCAAUGCUACCCCUUACACACGUUAUAAUUAUGUUUUAUCCGUUAAAAAAAAAACAUUCCGGUGACUGUUGA